GUUGUAAUUUGUAGAAGUGCUUGUGGGAAUAAAAGUUGUUUUAUUAUUUUAAUGAGCUGCAGAUUUGGUACACACUGCUUAUUCUUUGGUCAUCCAUUUUAGAUUUAGCUGCUUCUGUAAGUCAUGUAAAAUGCGUAAUGUAGUUUGAAGUUUUUGUUCCUCUCGUCAGGAGUUUCUUAAUGGAAUGUUUACUUCACUGGAUUACUAAAAUACAGAAUUUUUUGGCUGUCAGUUGAGACAUAAGCCAUCAGGAUUCAUUUUGGGAUCUUUAAGAUAAUAAAAUGGCCUUUAGAGUGAGUCUGUCUGAAGACCAUGAAAAUAAAAAGGACAAGAGCAAUGUGUCUCUGAUGAGAAACCAACCAAUGGAUUUUCAACAACACUGCAUGGAGGAAAACUUCUCCAAUGAGCCCAAUCUGUGUGAGAAGAGAUCUCCUGCACCCUGCAGUUGUGUGUCUAUGAAGAGUGACCUGUCAAUGGAUCCACAAGCAAAUUUCAGUAGGGGAGACUCUUCUGCUGAUCCAAGUCAAAAACAGGCUGGACCCGAAUCAUGUAAUGCACAAAAGAUGGAAUUCAUUUUAAAGGAAGUUGAGCACAAAAUCAUCUCUGUAAUAAAGAAUGAGUUAAACAGUUUUAAGAGACUGCUGAGUCCAGAUUAUCCAGAAUGCUCUAAGAGAGAGGAGGAUGAUGAUGAUGAUAGGAGUCGCAGCAGAGUCAAAGAGAUGAUUCUGAAAAUAACAGUACACAUCCUGAGAAAGAUGAACCAGACAGACCUCGCUAACACACUACAGUCAAAACUGAUGCCUGUGUAUCAACAAAAACUUAAAUCCAGAUUAAAGGAAAAAUUUCAGAGAAUUAAUGAAGGAAUCUCUAGUCACGGUGACUCAACAAAUUUGAAUGAGAUCUACACAGAGCUUUACAUCACGGAGGGAGGGAGUGGAGAGAUCAAUAAUGAACAUGAGGUGAGACAGAUUGAGACAUUGUCCAGGAGACCAGAGACACAACAAAGACCAAUCAAAUGCUGUGAAAUAUUUAAAGCCUUACCUGGACAAGACAAACCCAUCAGAACUGUGCUGACUAAAGGAGUUGCCGGAAUUGGAAAAACAGUCUCUGUGCAGAAGUUCAUUGUUGACUGGGCUGAAGGAAAAGAAAAUCAAGAUGUUCAUUUAAUAUUUCCACUUCCUUUCAGGGAACUAAAUUUGAAACAUUUGAUCAAGAAAAAUAUCAGUCUUGUCGAACUUCUAAAUUGCUUUUACGAAGAAACAAAAGAACUGGUAUUAACAGAUUUGAAUAUUUACAAAGUCAUGUUUAUAUUUGAUGGUCUAGAUGAGUGUCAACUAAAUCUAAAUUUCCAUGACAAUCAGAGAUUGUCAAAUGUAACAGAACGUGCCUCAGUGGAUGUGCUUCUGACAAACCUCAUCCAGAGGAGUCUACUUCCUUCUGCUCUCCUCUGGAUAACCUCUCGACCAGCAGCAGCCAAUCAGAUCCCUUCUGAGUUUGUAGACCGAGUCACAGAGGUGCGAGGCUUUAAUGAUCCUCAGAAGGAGGAAUAUUUCAGCAAGAGAAUAAGUGAUCAGAGCCUUGGUGAUAGAAUCAUCACACAUAUCAAAUCAUCAAGAAGCCUUUACAUCAUGUGUCACAUACCUGUCUUCUGUUGGAUUUCAGCCACUGUUCUAGAGAGAAUGUUGGGUGAAGCAGAGAAUGCAGAGAUCCCCAAGACUCUUACACAAAUGUUUACACACUUCCUGAUCUUUCAGACCAAGCUGAAGACUCAAAGGUAUGAUGGGAAACAUGAAAUAGAUUUUUGUCAGAUUAGAAAAAGCAUUUGGUCACUAGGAAAGUUGGCUUAUGAGCAACUUGAGAAAGGGAACCUGAUCUUCUAUGAGGAGGACCUGAGAGAGUGUGGCAUUGAUGUCAGAGAAGUGUCAGUGUAUUCAGGAGUUUGUACUCAGAUCUUCAGAGAGGAGUCUGGACUGCAGCUGGGGAAGGUCUACAGCUUUGUACAUCUGAGCAUCCAGGAGUUUCUAGCUGCUUUAUUCAAGAUGCUCUCCAUUUCUAAACAAAAAGCAAGACUCAGAAAUGUGCUCAGGUCAUCUAUGACUGAUUUACUGAAGAAAGAAGUGGACAAGGCCUUACAGAGUGAAAACGGACAGUGGGACCUUUUCCUACGAUUUCUUCUGGGUCUCACACUAGAGUCUAAUCAGAUUCUCUUACAAGGCCUCCAGAGAAAGACAGUAAGCAGCUCUUAUAACAGUCAGGAAACAGUUGUUUACAUUAAAAAGAAAAUCAUGGAAAAUAAAUGUCCAGAGAAAUCAAUUAACUUGUUUCACUGUCUGAAUGAAAUGAAUGAUCGAACUUUAGUGCAGGAAGUCCAAACAUAUGUGAGCAAAAAAGGUGUCCGUCGUCUCUCUGGAGUCAAACUUUCUCGUGCUCAUUGGUCGGCUCUGGUGUUUGUGUUACUGAACUCAGAAGAAGAGCUGGAUGAGUUUAAACUAAGUAAAUAUGAUCCAUCAGAAGAAUGUCUUCUGAAACUUCUGCCAGUGGUCAAAGCAUCUAGAAAAGCUGAACUGUGUGAGUGUAAUAUUACAGAGAAGGGUUGUGCUGCUCUGGCUUUAGCUCUAAGAUCAAACCCCUCACACCUGAGAGAACUGAAUCUGAACAACAAUAAACUAGGAGACUUAGGAAUGAAGCUGCUUGCUGCUGGACUGGAGGAUCCACAAUGUCAACUGAAAAAAUUACAGCUUUUUAGCUGUGGUAUUACAGAGGAAGGUUGUGCUGCUCUGGCUUCAGCUCUGAGAUCAAACCCCUCACACCUGAGAGAACUGAAUUUAAGCCGUAAUAAACCAGGAGACUCAGGAGUGCAGCUGCUUUCUACUCUGGGGGAUCCACACUGUAAACUGGAGAAACUAGACCUUUUCAGUUGUGAUAUUACAGAAGAAGGUUGUGCUGCUCUGGCUUCAGGUCUGAGAUCAAACCCCUCACAUCUGAGAGAACUGGAUCUGCGCUUUAAUAAACCAGGAGACUCAGGAGUGAAGAUGAUCUCUGAUGUACUAAAGAAUCCACAUUGUAAACUAAAGAAACUAAAGUUGUGGGAAUGUAAUUUUGGAGAAGAAGGCUGUGCUGCUCUGGCUUCAGCUUUGAUAUCAAACCCAUCACACCUGAGAGAACUGAAUCUGAACAAUAAUAAACCAGGAGACUCAGGAGUGAAGCUGCUCUCUGCUCUACUGGAGAAUCCACUUUGUAAACUAGAGAUUUUAGGGCUGUGGGAAUGUAAUAUUGGAGAGGAAGGCUGUGUUGCUCUGGCUUCAGCUCUUAGAUCAAACCCUUCACAUGUGAAAGAACUGAAUCUAAGCUUUAAUAAACCAGGAAAUUUAGGAGUGAAGCUGCUCUCUGAUCUACUGAGGGAUCCCUGCUGUAAACUGGAGAAACUAUGGCUGUGUGACUGCAGUAUUACAGAGGAAGGUUGUGCUGCUCUGGCUUCAGCUCUGAGAUCAAACCCCUCACACCUGAGAGAAUUAGAUCUACGCUUUAAUAAACUAAGUGACUCGGAAGAGAAACUGCUUUCUGAUCUACAGAGGGAUACAGACUGUAAACUGGAGAAAUUAGAUAUUUACAGUGUUUAACAGUCACACAUUCAUAAUGGAACCUCCAAGAGCUUCAGCUGGUAAACCAAAAGAGACACUUAUUUACCUGAAGAAGAUGGUAAACUGAAUAAACACUUAUGAAUCCAGCAGAUUUAUAAGUGAAAGAUAUAUGUAUAAAUAUGCAGACAGUUUGAAACUUACUUGAAUAUAUUAUAAAUGUAGUUAGAGAAAAGUAACUGUAAAUAAUAUUAAAUACACAUUAAAUGAUUAAUGUGACAAAAUGGAGCUAAACUUUGCAGAACAGUGGCCCUCCUGGACCAGGAAUGCCCACACCUGUUCUAGGGGGUCCCCAGAAAAUUUUACAGAAAUAUUUUUAUUUAUUUAUCAAGUAUUUAUCUCCAAUUUCUUGCUACAUAUAUAUUUGCUUUGUAUCUUUGUAGUGUGUUUUCUGUAUUAGAGUCCCCUUUAUCUCUGGGGUCCAUAAGGCAGAAUUCUUUGUAAAGCUGCUGUAGUACAGAAAUAUUGAAUUGAACAUGUUUCAAAAACAGCUUCAUGUUACACUAAGUUUAGCCAACCAAUUAUAUAUUCAUUAUACAUAAUUUGUAAAUUGCUAUGUAUAUGUAUAUAAAGGGGGUCCCUAACAAAAUGUUAAUCAUAUUUGGGGGUCCUUGACAUCAUAAAGAUUAAAACCCCUGGUAUUGAUAAUCUUUAGUGCUUAAACAUGAUCCUCAUGCUAAAUUGUCCCCAGAAAAAAAAACAGACCAUAUCAUUGGAUGCACGGUCCAUGGGUGUCAUUUUAAAUAAAAAAAGAUAAAUUUUUAUAAG